CUUUGUCGGCUCUCAAUGGGGGCGGCGGCGGAAACAAACCCAUUGUGGAACCUAUAAAAAGAAAGGCACUGACAUCAUAAAAUACCAGACUGAGUGAGCCUUUCUGCUUUCUGAUCGUAUGCACGGACAGACGGGGCACAUCAGUACUUUGAUGCAACUGGGCAUGCAAGCAUAAACUGGUUGAAUGGCAACUUAAAAAAAGUUCGCGAAAAACUUCACUUUACAUAUUUCUUGCAGCUUCAGUCCUCACUUGAGUUAAUGUAAAAAGAUUUAGGAGUAUUCUUCUUUAUAACCACAGACAGGAGUCUGAUAUAAAAUUGUCAGUUUAGAUUCUCACCUCACCGUUCAGUGAGGGUGCAAAAUCUGUUUUUACCUUUGAAAGGUAACAUCAGGAACAAUCAGAAUUUUCUUGCAUUUUUAUUCAGUGUUUCUACGAUUCAGCUGAUUUGAAAUGUUGCUCCCGACGUGCACGCGCCUGUUCUGCCUGUGGCUCCUGCUGGCGGCGGUGCUGAGACUGGGAAGUCUUCAAAACUCUGACGACUCCAGAUCGAAGGUGAACGCUAUCAAGUCAAGUCUGACAAGUCAGGAUCCGACUCAGGCCAGCAACAACCGCUCCGCUGUGUUUCACUCAGCGUUUCAUAGCAAGAAAGGCGUCGCUGUUGGGCAGGUGUAUCCCUGUAGCAAUGAUAAGGAAUGCAGCAUUGGAAGCUUUUGCCACAGUCCUCAGAAGGGUCCCACCAGAUGCUUGGCUUGCAGGAGAAAGAAGAAACGUUGCAACAGAAACAGCAUGUGCUGCCCAGGAAAUCACUGCAGCAAUGGUAUCUGUAUUGCAAAUUCGGAAAGUAUUCUGACUGCUCACAUUCCUGUUAUAGAUGGUCAUAACAAAAAGAAUGGGCAGCUUACCACCAGAGAUAUGGGGUGGCAAAACAUAGGAAAAACACAAUCAAAGUUACCGCACGUAAAAGGACAUGAAGGAGAUUCUUGCCUUCGCUCCUCUGACUGUGCAGAAGGCUUCUGCUGCGCUCGCCAUUUCUGGACCAAGAUCUGCAAACCAGUUCUUCAGCAGGGGGAGGUCUGCACAAAACAAAGGAAAAAAGGGUCACAUGGUCUUGAGAUUUUCCAGCGGUGUGACUGCGCCAAGGGACUUUCUUGUAAAAUCUGGAAAGACGCCACUUCUUCCUCCAAAUCGAGACUCCAUGUGUGUCAGAAAAUAUAACAGAAGAUAAAUCCUGCUUUGAAAAUGUGAAAUUCAAGUAUUUACUUUACAGAGUCCUAUAAGGACUUUACAGUGACACUAAAGUAUGAACAUGGAUAAUAGAAGGAAUCCAAAUGGUCUACUCUACGUGGCAAUAAGUGUACUAAUAAAUGUAACGUAGAUUUGGUACCCUUUCAAAAGACAUUUUUUUAUUGUGACAUGAUCUAUAAUGAGGAUAAAUGUAGCUGCUUUGGUGUAAGACAAUACUUUUAAAUGCAAAUUCUGUCUUACAGAAAAGGAGAAAAUAACCGCAUUGACUAUGUAAAUCAGUUGUUUUUCAUACAUUUUUACUGUUAGUCUUUCCUUAUGUGUUGACAUUUAAUAGAGACACCUAGUUAUUCACCAGAGAUUAUUGCAGAAUAGACAAACUAAAAUGAAAUAAAAACACUACAACUGAAAUCCGUUUGCAAUUUUCAUAAGGUAGCAGAAAGCUCAUUUAUCAUUUUGUAGAGUGAAACUAUGGAGUCAGUUGUUUUAAUGUAAACUGUGGGUAAUCUGUUACAAUAAUUUAAAAAAUGAUUCAGUUUAAGGGGCAAAAACAAGAUGAAUUUCACUUAUUUCAUUUAUUUAUAGAGUACUUUUCAAGUGAUAUGCACAAAGUGCUUUCCAAUGACAAAGAAAAGGUAUAAAAAAGAUUAACAAAAAUAAAUAACCAUUGCAAUAUUUCAAAUUAAAUUAAAUAAAAAUGUAUAUCAACAUAUACAGUAUGUCCAAUUUUAAUGUUAACUUUUUAUCCAGACAAUUUUGUAAAUUAUAUUUAAGCUGGGUAAUGCUUCUUAAAUGAUACAUAAAGAGCACUGAGUGAUGCAAUAUUUUAAAGAUUAAAGGACAGGUAGGGUACGAAUGACUAACAUUGCAAAAGUGACCCUCUUGGGCAAGGAUAAAGAAUGUUGGCAAGCAUCUGAAGGAAAAUGAAAUUUAUUUAAGCAGGCAUCAUCAUAUAACCUUGAGAAGAAUUCCACUUUGAGGAACUCAUUUAGCAAAUAAAGCUGGUGGGUUUUUUAAUACAUUACUGCAAGGUGUAAUACGUGAGGAAACAUCUAAUUUGAUACCACACAUUAAUAUGUAGCACUAUCACUCUUUUAAAGAAAGAAAGAAAGAAAGAAAUGGAAUAGUUCACUAUAUUCAACUUAGCCAUUUUAAAUACUUCCUUGAAAUUUCAGAGCUAUAUUGAAAAAUAUUCUUUUACAUACAAACUAAUGACACUGUGCAAUGCACAUAUGAUUUAUGCUAAUAUUUUAUAUUUACAAUGAUCUCAUGCAGCAUUUAAUAAUUUAUUCUUCUUCAUAACUUACACGGCUCCCACAUUAUUUCUACCAUACUGUGGUACUUUUUAGUCAUUCUCUCUGCAAUUUUACUACUUGCAUUAACCUGUCAUACAUUGAGUGUAGAGGCAUUAUUUUCCCCAGCUGAAAUGGAAACCUACAAAAAGCAACAAAGAUUUUGUUGUACAAAACAGCAUUUUUUUUACAAAAAUAUUAUAUAUACAAUGUUAAAUUUAUUUUGUAUGAUAUGUUGAAAAGAUUACCAUUCAUUUACUUUCUGCCUUUGUUGGAAUUUAACUGGCUUAUUCAAAUUGAAAGUGUUUUUAUUGUAAAUAAAAUGUCCACUAUUGCCAGUGUAUUUAUGGAAAAAGAGUAUAUUGUGUAUAGAUUUGCACUUGCAUUUUAUUGUUGCUUGGAGAGAGCUGAUGAAGUUUGGUAUAUACCUUCUCUGUGGAUUGCUUUCAUUUGUGCAGUGUUUCUUAAUGAAGGUGAAAAGGCAGUCCUGUCGAAUAUAUGAAUAUGGAAGAACUCACACUAAUGAUAAUUUACAAAUUGAAUUUAAUCUUUUCAGAUUUUCUCUUCCACAUUGAAAUGGAAUGCUGCUCAUUACUUAUAGAAAUAAAAUUUCAAAUCUGCCUCCAAUUCUUGUGAUCAGUUAAUGUCUCACAUUUCACUUCUGUGCAUGUUGUGCUCUUAUAGGUCAUAUUUUUCAUUAGGGAAACCAAAAAAGCAUGCUGAAUAAUACCAGUUUGGAAAAUACACAAUCAGAACUGGACUGGUAUUUAUACACAAGAGAAGGAUAUGGAAGGAUGUAACUAUUGCCAUGUAUAUAGAAAAGUUGUAAAUUCCCUCCAACACCUUUAUUUUGACUAUUGGCAUUUUGUUAGGAAAUCGCCAACUCUAGAGCUGUUAAUAUUUUAUGAUUAUUUUAUUUUUGUUUAUUUGCUUCUGUUAAGACUGAAUAAAAGUUUCCUUAUUUUGUA